AUGUUUUAUACACUUAAGGCUCAAAUCCACACAAGUGCUGUCAGUAACCUGCGGUAUGGAUGGUGGGCUUAUGCUCUGGGGGAGAGGACAACCUCCCGCUUCAAGGAAAACAGCAAAAUCAUUUCAAUUGAUGGCAACUUGGCAUGUGGAAAGGGAGCGCUUGCGCAAAAAUUGUCUGAUAAACUCGGGAUGCUGUACAUGCCCGAGCCAGACAUACACUAUGUGGACAAAAUGACAAAGGAGAAAGUUCCUCUAGAUAAGGCUUUUAAUGGAAACUGCAGUCUGGAGAAGUUUUACUUGGAACCCAAAGCCAGUGACGGUAACUCUUACCGCCUGCAGUGUUGGAUGUACCUCAUGAGGCUGCUACAGUACUCUGAUGCUGUUGAACACCUGCUCUCUACAGGACAGGGAGUUAUUCUGGAACGAUCUCCAUUUAGUGACAUUGUAUUUUUGGAGGCCAUGUUCAAAGAAGGCUUCAUCCGAAAGCAGUGUGUGGAUCACUAUAAUGAGGUUAAGGGUGUCAGUAUCUGUGAGUUUCUGCCCCCUCAUCUGGUCGUCUAUGUGGACUUACCUGCUGAAGAGGUCCAGAAAAAUCUCAAGGCAUCAGGAAAGGAAGAGAUUAUUAAAUUAGUGAUAGGCUUCAUCCGAAAGCAGUGUGUGGAUCACUAUAAUGAGGUUAAGGGUGUCAGUAUCUGUGAGUUUCUGCCCCCUCAUCUGGUCGUCUAUGUGGACUUACCUGCUGAAGAGGUCCAGAAAAAUCUCAAGGCAUCAGGAAAGGGUUGUGGUUCUGAUGAAGAGGCAGAGGUCCUUGCCUAUGACGCAACCCAAGCCCAGGACAUUGAGAGGGUUGUGGAGGAUAUCGAGUACCUCAAGUUUGAGAAGGGCCCUUGGCUGGAGCAAGAUGACGUCACUUUCCACCAUAUUCGAAUGCUGGUGGAGGACAAGCAAAGAAUAGCCAACAUGACCUGCAUCCCCAGAUAUCUUCCAGAAGUCACAGUCGGUGCUCAUGAGUUUGAUGCUGCCUACUAUGCUUUCAAAUCGCUCCCAGGAAAGAAGUACGCUGAAGGUUAUAAUGAAGACGUCGGGGACAAAGGCAUCUGGCUGAAGUGAGAAACGCUGUUGUCGCUGGAGGGAAGGACAUCUGAAAGACAGAUUCCUUGUGGUAUUUCAGCUGUUCGUCCAUGUCUUGUGGGGAAAGAUAUAUUCUGCUCUUAUACAGCUGAAGAUAUCAUUGUACAUUGCUAUUCAAAUAUUUAUUGUAUA